CCCUGUUCCUGCUGAAACUUGAAAGUGCGAUGUACAGUGUAGGCCAUUGGGCAAAGUGAGAGUGAGAACGAGAAAAGAAAAAUCAGAAUGUUACAGUUCCCGGCGUAUAUGACGCAGUACCCAUGGUCAACGAGGACGAUUCCGACUUCAUGUCUGCUACCGUCACAAUGGCCUCAACCUCACAGCGAAGAGCUCCUCCUUGCCAUGGAGGAAUCCGAUUUCGAAGAGAAGUGCAAUGAAAUCAGAAAGACUAACAGCAACCUCCCAGUAAUCGGGAAAACUACUGUUGAAAAUGAUAAAGAAGACUUUGAUAAUGAUGCUGACGAUGAUGAUGCUGAUAAUGCUGAGGAAUCUGAAGGUGAAGAAUUUGAGCAAGAAACUGGCUGAAGAUAGUUGCUGCCUAUUCCUUAUACUUUGGAAAGUUUAAAAUGUCAAACUGGUCUUGUGAACCCACCUCACAAAAUGGGGGACAAGCUAUGGCAUUAAAGUUUAUGUAAACGACUAUACUUAGACUGGUUUGUUAGUUUUUAGACUGGGUUGUUAGUUUUUACAUCAAUCAGCCUUUGACCCCUGAAAACCAAUGUUCUAAGGUGUCUCGUAGAGAAUGUGUCUUUGUGGGUACACCAUAAACUCCAUUACAUCCAGUAUUUACAUCCAGUAUUGGUUAUCAUGGCAGCAAUCUCUUUUACCAGUUAUUUUCUUGUUCAUUACCGUAAGGCACAAUCAAUAUGGAUUCUGUUGACUUGUAAAUUAGCUGUCCCUUUUUCACUUAUUUAUGGCAUAGUUAAAGUGAUCA